AUGACUGGCUCGAUACAUGGCCUCACCGAGUCCACUGAAACGCCCACCCCGUUCCCCAAGAUCGAGGACGAGGUCAACAGCCAUGAGAAAGAACAGGGCGAGGGCAGCAAGGUGAAAAGGCGACCCGAACUAAGUGGCAGGAGGACUGUCUCGGGGAAUAUCCUCUCGAGAUUGGCAUUUCUGCGGACACACAGUAGUGAUCAAGUCAAAAGCAGCGGUGCAAAAAGAGAUGGCCUGGGGGCACAACAUGCCGGCACGGGAGCCAUGGUGGAGGCUCAGGCCCACGCGAAGCGGAAAAGGAAAGGAUCUCUCCGGAAGACAGUUUUGGGCAAAGGAAGAGACAGAAAGUGUUCUGAAGUGAAGAGGUCACCGCUGGCAGGCGCAGACUCUUCUACUGCGCAAAGCCCCGAAGAAGAACAAGCGCCGCCGGCACCAGGAGUCGCCCAAGAGCUGUCCAGUCCCACCUCUCCGGAGUCUCCUCCCUCAUGGCCUUUUCGAACUUUGUCGCGGGUUUCGAUUCCCUCGAUUCGUAGCAGCAUUGCGUCCAUCGAUCCCGCCUCAUCUUUUGCUUCGGUGACCAGCCCGACCAUGCCACCAACCGAUGCUUCAACCGACGAUGAAGACUUAUCACUCCCUCAAAUGCCCCUACUACGGAAACUACCCUCCUCCGCAUCCUCGAUGGGCGACUCUUACUUCUUGCUUCAAGAUCCUGUGCGCCGCAUGUUUGGUUCUCGUGCUCGUUCACCGCUGGCGACCCAACCUCAGUCGGUCGCAGGCACACCGCCCGAGGACGAAGGCUGGGAUUAUUCGGAAACCGCAUUUUGGGGUUAUGUGAUACUGAUUGUCACAUGGAUCGUUUUCGUUGUCGGCAUGGGCUCAUCUUUCGGCGUCUGGUCUUGGGCUUGGGAUGUAGGAGAAACGCCGUACGCGCCGCCAGAGCUGGAAGAUGAUCCAACCUUGCCAAUUGUAGGCUACUAUCCGGCUUUGCUGGUGCUGACAUGCGUGAUGGCUUGGGUGUGGGUCGUGGUGGCCUGGGUGGGCAUGAAAUAUUUCAGACAUGCGGAUUUCAAGGGCGACGAUGGAUAG